GUAUAGGUUGGCAAUUUGCAUUUUGAUCCAUGUGCUUUAUUGUGUUUAUUAAAGGAUAGUUUGUGUUAGGAUAUAAACACGUGUUUAAAUUUUGUACCAAGAUUAUUAAUUAAAUAGAUCUCAUCAUUUUUUUGUGAAAAAAAUGAAUAUUGAUGAAGAAUUACGUGAUGUUUUAAUUGAUUUCAUGGCUAUCAAUGAUCAUUUUUCCAGGGCAUCUAAGGAAAUAUUAGCAAAAUUGAAAUCAGACAUCGAUGAAGAUGAGAAGAAUAAGCAAUUGUUGUAUUAUCUUUCCACUCGGAUGCUUCUUGAUCCGCUGUAUUUUGAUGAUAUAUUUGAAAAAUUUUCAAAAUAUCUUCCUCGACUGCUACAAAUUGCUUUAUUUUCAAAUAUGAAAGAUUGUACUGAUAAACAACAUCAUAUUCUAUGUACUAUUUUAUUAGGAAGAAUCAUCAGCAGAAGAAAAGAUUUAAAAGGGUAUGCUAUGAAAUAUUUUACUAAAUAUCCAGCAGUAUUGGAAAGUUUAGAUACAAGUGAAAAUAUCUCCAAGAAAUGUAAACUAGUAGAAAUAGUUUAUGAUGUUCUUUAUUUCAUUGAAUCAUGUUACCACUUGUUGAAAAGUGAUCCAAAUUUCUACAGAUAUAAGUGGAACUGGUCAAUUUUUGUUCAAAAAUUCUUAGACAGUGAAGAUGAUAGACUCAAAUGGGUUUCAUGUCACAUCGUUUCCAUACUUUUUGGAAUGAAUGAAAUCCAGAAGAAACAACUUAUUUUGAAACACAAUCUAUCUACUGCCGAUAUAAAAUUUACGACCAUCUUUAACUUGAAAGGGACAUUAAUUGACUGCAGUACACAACCUAUUCAUACAAAACUAAUAUGGAACUUACCCGAUGAAUUUACUGAUGAUCUCAUUAAUAUAUCUGGUAUAUAUGUACCAGUAGUAUCAAAAGUAUCCAAUUUAUCCACAAAUCUUAUUGAGGUUCCAUCUACUCUUAAUAAUUUGAGAAAAGUUGCUUUAGGGCUUACUUUAAACAAAGCUAUAUGCCUUCAGGGACCAGUGGGGUCAGGUAAAACAACUCUUGUGGAAUAUUUUGCGGAGAAGACUGGCAGGAAUCUUGGUGAAAAUUUUGUAAAAGUUCAGCUAGGGGAUCAGACAGAUAGCAAAAUGUUGCUAGGUACUUACAGGUGUACUGAUGUCCCAGGGGAGUUUGUGUGGCAGCCAGGAGUUCUAACUCAGGCUGUUCUAGAAGGAAAUUGGCUCCUUUUAGAAGACAUUGAUUCGGCUAGUAUGGAUAUAGCAUCUAUGUUAACUAGUCUUUUAGAAAACAAUUCACUGACAGUACCAGGAUACAGGGAUUCGUUACAAAUAUCUCCGGGAUUUCAACUUUUCGUAACACACAGAUUUGUGUCAACUAUAACUGGUCACCAUAAAAAGCAUACAAAUACAAUGACUCUAUUAGAAAAACAUCUCCUACAGAUAAAUGUAGAUCCACUCAGUAUGGUGGAAUUGAAACAAAUAAUCGAUACGAAAUAUCCAGAUUUUUGUACUAUAUCUGACAGAUUAGUGAAAGUUUUUCUUCUUUUCACCGAAGAUAUGCUAGAUCCAUCUAAAAUAACUUUACCGAAGAGCGGUCGCUUGAUUUCAACAAGAGAUUUUUUUAAAUGGUGCUCCAGAGCAAUACAAGAUUUUGAUGUUACAAGUCAAGCUAGUGCUCUAAAAGUCCUCCAAGACGCCAUUGAUGUAUUCUGCUGCUCCUAUCCAAAUCAAGAAGAUGCUCUUAAUUUAGCUAAACAAAUUAGUACUCACUUAGGGAUUGUGAAUCACAAGGCCGAUUAUUUUUUUAAAGAAUACAAACCGACAAUGCAAUUAACACCAGAUCAUUUUAUAGCUGGACGUGUGGCUUUACCUAGAAAUAACAAAGAAUUAAUGAAAUUAAUGAAAUAUUCCUUUACUAGACAAUCUUCAGUACUACUUGAAAGGAUAAUGUGUUGUGUUAAUCUGAAGGAACCCGUAUUGUUAGUAGGAGAGACUGGUACCGGAAAAACAUCUUGCGUUCAAUAUCUCGCCCAUACAGUUGGACAAAAACUCGUCGUAAUUAAUAUGAACCAACAAUCUGAUUCUGCUGAUUUGUUAGGUGGAUUCAAACCUGUCGAUCUUAAAUUCAUUGUAUCGCCAAUUAAAAGAGAAUUCGAACAAUUAUUUUGCUCAUAUUUCAAAGUGGAACCGAACAAGAAGUAUCUGAGUAAUUUGACACUUUGUUUUAAUAAUCAAAGAUGGUCAGAUUUAAUAAAAUUGAUGAUCAUAAGUUAUCAAGCUGCAGAAAGACGUUUGACAAAAGCAAUUCAUGAUUUCGAUCUGAUGACUGAUGACAAAACUGAUGAAAAAAUAGUUAAGAACCAAAAAGAUAAAUCGCUUUUAAAUAAAUGGCAUGCUGUAGGUGAAAAGCUCAAUAAAUUAGGGAUCCAAUUGAAACACACAAAUGCCUUAGCUUUUGCCUUUAUAGAAGGAAGUCUUGUGAACGCUGUUGAGAACGGGUACUGGGUUUUAUUAGAUGAAAUUAAUCUUGCGAAUGCUGAAACUUUGGAAUGCCUGUCUGGUCUUUUAGAGGGGUCCCAGGGCUCUCUCUGCUUAUUAGAAAGAGGCGAUAAAAAACCCAUAAAGCGUCAUCCUAAUUUCACUUUAUUUGCUUGCAUGAAUCCCUCUACCGACGUAGGAAAGAAGGAUCUUCCAGCUGGAUUAAGAAAUCGCUUUACAGAAUUUUUCGUAGAUGAAUUAAACGAGAAAAAUGAUCUAUUUCUAUUAGUCAAUAACUACCUGGAAGCGAUGUCUAUUAAUCAAAAAUUAUUAGAAAAUAUCGUAAAUUUCUAUCUGCAAGUUAAAAAGGAAACUGCCACGAGUCUAUUAGAUGGCGUAGGGCAUAAACCACAUUAUUCCCUGAGGUCCUUGUGCAGGGCUUUGGUUAUUGCAUCUAAGAAUCCUUGCGGCAUGUUCAAGAGGAGUCUUUAUGAGGCUUUUUGUCUUAGUUUUUUAACGCAACUUGACAACAAUUCCUAUGUUAUGGUAGAAAAAUUAAUAUCGAGCUAUUUAAUUGGCGACGCUAAAUCGGUAAAAGCUGUUUUAAAUCAACCGAUUACUGAUCCAAGCAGUAGUCAAGAAAAAUACUUACAGUUCGAAGGAUAUUGGGUGAAAAAAGGACAUUUAGAACCUUCGACGCCAGAUGACUAUAUAUUAACGGCAUCAGUUAGAAAGAAUUUAAAAGAUUUGGUUCGAGUCGUUUCCAUAGGAAAACUGCCAGUCUUAUUACAGGGCGAUACAUCUGUAGGAAAAACUUCCCUCAUAACGUAUUUAGCUAAAUCAAGUGGAAAUAAAUGUGUUCGUAUAAAUAACCACGAACACACCGAUUUACAAGAGUACAUAGGAUCGUACAUAGCCGAUUUAGAAGGUAAAUUAGUAUUCAGAGAAGGUCUUUUGGUAGAAGCGAUGAGAAAUGGACACUGGAUCAUAUUGGACGAACUCAAUUUGGCGCCCACAGAUGUUCUGGAAGCGUUAAACAGAGUCCUCGACGAUAAUAGAGAACUUUUUAUUCCGGAAACUCAAGAAACCGUUAAAGCCGAUCCCAACUUCAUGUUAUUUGCCACUCAGAAUCCACCAGGAGCUUAUGGAGGAAGAAAAAUGUUGUCGAGAGCUUUCCGGAAUAGGUUCGUCGAAUUACAUUUCAACGAAAUUCCUCCGAAGGAACUAGAGUUUAUUCUCCACCAAAGAUGUCAAAUGGCGCCAAGUUAUGCAAAAAAAAUGAUAAACGUAAUGACAGACCUGCAGAUCAGACGAAGAGGGUCUGCUGCCUUCGCCGGUAAACGGGGUUUCAUAACAUUGAGAGAUCUGUUUAGAUGGGGCGAAAGAUAUAGAUUAGCACAAAAUUCUGAAAAAUUAUAUGAUUGGGACCAACAUUUGGCAGAUGAAGGCUACCUCGUACUUGCGGGCAAAGUUAGAAGAGUCGAAGAGAAGUCUGAAAUUAUAAGUGUUUUACAAAGACAUUUAAAAAGGGAAGUCGAUCCAGAACAUCUUUUUACAUUGUCCGAUAGAACAUCUACAGUAACACGACAUAUUUUAAAGAAAAUCGAAGACAACAGAUCCAAAUAUAAUAACAUCGUUUGGACUUUUAAUAUGAGACAAUUGGCCGUGUUAGUGUCCAAAGCGUUGGAUUUUAAGGAACCGGUUUUAUUAGUAGGAGAGACUGGGGGCGGUAAAACAACAGUGUGUAAACUUAUUGCCGAAAAUAAUGGACAAGAGUUAGUUACUGUCAAUUGUCAUAUGCAUACUGAGAGCAGUGAUUUUAUUGGAGGAUUACGACCUGUAAGGGAUCACACGAGUGAAAAUUCAACAAAACUUUUUGAAUGGGUAGAUGGGCCGCUUAUAUCAGCUAUGUUACGAGGUAACGUUUUUCUAGCAGAUGAAAUUUCUUUAGCUGACGAUAGUGUAUUAGAAAGAUUGAACUCCUUACUAGAACCUGAAAGGACUUUGUUAUUAGCUGAAAAAGGUAUUGACAUAAACAAUAGAGAAAACUCGGAAUUGAUAGUGGCAACUUCCAAUUUUUUCUUCAUCGGUACUAUGAAUCCAGGUGGCGAUUUUGGUAAAAAAGAAUUGUCACCUGCUCUUAGGAAUAGGUUUACUGAAAUUUGGUGCGAAUCUUGUAAAAAUCGUCAAGAUUUGAUUGAUAUAAUUGAACAAAAUAUAAUACCUGGAAUUUCAUUAGGAAAUCAACAAGAUGGUUCAAGUGGUAUUGGCAUUUGUAUAAUGGAUUUUAUACAGUGGUUUGAAAUAACUGAAGUUGGAAAAAGAUUUACAAUAAGUAUCCGUGACAUUUUGACGUGGGUGAAUUUUAUUAACACGUGUGUGAAUAAAAUGGAUGUUGCCGAAGCGUAUUUACAUGGUGCUUGCUUGACAUUCUUAGAUAGUCUAGGAUCUGGAAUUACUAGUACCGAAAGCUUAAGAUCAUUAGAUCAAUUCAAGGAAAAAUGCUUACAAUUUCUAUCGAACCAAAUCAUCGACGUUUCCUAUACUUCAUUUGAGUUAAAAAAUUUGAAAGUGGAAAAAAUUGACACUCGAUUUGGGAUAAAACCGUUCUAUAUCGAAACUAAUCAAGAAGAAAUGACAACCACAGAAUUUUCUUUUAAUGCUCCAACUACUGUUUAUAAUACGCUUAGACUUUUGAGGGGUAUGCAGUUGAAUAAAGCCAUAUUACUUGAAGGUAGCCCUGGUGUUGGUAAAACCAGUUUGGUUACUGCGUUGGCAAAUUUCACUGGUCACAAGUUAUUCAGGAUCAACCUUUCGGAUCAAACGGAUAUAUCAGAUCUUUUCGGUGCUGACUUGCCGGUAGAAGGUGGAACUGGGGGUCAGUUUUCUUGGCGAGACGGUCCCCUACUUGAAGCUCUUAAAAGCGGCAGUUGGAUAUUAUUAGAUGAACUAAAUUUAGCCUCUCAAUCGGUAUUAGAAGGACUUAAUGCUUGUCUGGAUCACCGAGGAGAAAUAUUUAUUCCGGAAUUAGGUAAAACGUUUUACGUUAAAUCCGGCACUCGAUUUUUCGGAUGUCAAAAUCCAUUGAAACAGGGUGGAUCUAGAAGAGGGCUGCCGCAGUCAUUUUUAAAUAGAUUCAUACAAGUUUUUGUACGUUCGUUGACCGAUAAAGAUUUGUUCUUGAUAUUAAUGAAUCAAUUCAAUCAGUUACCAGUUGAACUACUUAGAAAAAUGGUCGAUUUUAAUACAAGGAUAGUAGAAGAAUUAGAUAAUCACACAUUUGCCAAUAAGGGAUCACCGUGGGAAUGUAAUUUACGUGAUUUAACCCGUUGGUGCGAAGCUACGAUUUAUUGCGGAAAGUAUGAUGAUGAAUACCGGCCUCGAAACGUCGUUUUACUAAUUUACGGUGACCGUAUGCGAACCUUAACAGAUAAAAAUAAAGUUGAAAGUAUUUUUAAUGAUGUGUUUGGUCAAAAAGUGACAGGUGCGGGCGCGUUAACCUACGUUAGUGACGAUAAAGUAUAUUUUGGUGACGUGUUCAUUGAAAGAAAUCGAUUUUCGGUGGAUACUAACGUUUUGAAACAGGAAAAAACUUGUUUAGUUCUACGAUCUCAAAUGAAAGUGCUACGGAGCCUGGCGUAUUGCGUUAACCUAAACUGGAUGGCUAUUCUGGUUGGAACUGCAGGUUCUGGAAAAAGUAGUGUAGUGAAAACUCUCGCAAGCCUUGCAGGAAAAACUCUAAAAACGCUUCCAGUAACAUCUGCCAUGGAUACAACAGACAUCUUGGGAGGAUUUGAACAGACCGAUUACAGCAGACACUUAGACGAGAUAGUUCAAGAACUGGAGGAGAUAUGCCUCGCAGUAAUCCAGACAUUUUUAACAAACGAAAAAAAUAUAGAUGCCCUGAGGCUUAUGCAGCAUUGGGAAGCUUAUCGGAAAAUUUCAGAUUCUCGUACUCAUUCGAUGGAUGAAGAAAUACAACUGUUUAUGAAAAAAAUUAACAAAAUAGAAGAAAUUGUACAGUAUUUACCGUCCAAUUCUAGAGUUAACAAAAUACAACAACGACUUGAGAAAAUAUAUAAAGCAAUUAAAACGGAAGGUUCCCUGAACGCCGGAGGCAAGUUUGAAUGGGUAGAUUCAGUACUUAUUAAGUGUUUACAAGAUGGGUCGUGGCUGUUGAUAGACAACGUCAAUCUGUGCAGUUCCGCAGUCCUCGAUCGCUUGAACGCCCUUCUAGAACCUAAUGGAGUUCUCACAGUUUCGGAACGAGGUGUUGACUCUACGGGUCAAAUGAUAGAAAUAAAACCACAUAAAGAUUUCAGGCUAUUCUUGGCUAUGGAUCCAAAACAUGGCGAAAUAUCAAGGGCGAUGAGGAAUAGAGGCAUUGAAAUAUAUAUGUUGAAUGAUGCCGAAUAUCAGGAUUCUAACAAUAUUGACAAAAGCAGUCUGAUUCAGCUGGAAGGACUUGAUUCUGCUGAUGCUACGACGCUAAUAGAACUACACGAUUACAUUUCCGAAUUAAUAAUUGGAGAAAAACCGAAUAUAAACGAAUUGAUACAAGUAUCUACUUUAGCGGCGCAACAAAUUAAAAAUGGAUUAAAACGUUCUGAAGCAUUCGCGAAAACAAUCAUCGAAAUUUACUUUAAGACAAGAUCUGCAAACGAGUUUUCAUGUAACGAUUUUCCACAAGUGAUACGGGAAAAAAUUGAUAAACUUAUAAAUGUAGAUGUAGAACGAAAUAUCCCAGCUAAUUUCAAUAGAAAUUCGACACUAAGAACACAAGAAAUUUCAACGAAUUCUGCAAUGGAAAAAAUCAAACAACAGGGUGUACUACUAUUUGAUCGUUUCGAAAAUGGAGUCAAAAUAUCUGAUAUAAAUCAAGAAAUGUAUUAUCUCCUUUUGUGUUUCUAUUCAAUAACAUCGUUAGAAGACCUCAACUUUAGACAUUUUUAUUUGAUUGAAAGAAUUAAAUGCGAAGAUGUUAUAAAUUUAGAAGCUAAAGAUAUACUGAUAAAUACAAUCACUGUUUUGUACGAGUCUAUACUAGAUUCCGAAACUAGUGUUAGUUUGCCUCUGGAUCACAAUUGGACCCCAGAAAUAUUCAGGGAAGAAUCUAUUUUAAGAAGUAACAGAAAUAAUUUGCGUUUGCUCUUUUCUCUGUACAAUUUUAGAGAUAACGCACAAUUAACUAAACACGGUAUAAUUAGAUUGGAAAGAAAUAGACCGAUAGUGGAAAAAGUCAAAAGGGGCAGAAUUAAGAAAGUUACUCUAUACGAAUACGCUUGUCUUGUUAAAAAUAACCUUGUAGAAGAUCAUUUUAAUGAUAUAAUUAUAAGAAAUAUCGUCGAGUUAAUAAUAGAAUAUGAACAUUUGUUAAAGAGGAUUUUAAGCGAUUGUGAUAACUUUUAUAACAAGGACGUUAUUAAAAUAAAGUUUGCCCUAUUUUGGAAAUCAAAAUUUUACGAACUGUUUAAAUUAGAAACCGAUAUGGAUAAAAAACAACUGAGAAAAUUAUUUAUUGAUCUACCAGUUCAUUACAAAUGGUUCUAUAAGUUUGCAAUAUUAGCACUUACUGAGAUAACAAAUGUUUCAAUACACGAUGAAUUAAGAAACAUUUUGAUAAUAAUUAAUUCGAAAUUAGAUAAACAAUUUUCCAUUAUGCAUAAAUUGGGUAAAAGAUUUCAAAAAUACAACAAACGUCCACCUCCUUUCACAAACCGUGAGCAAUAUGAAAUUGUCAAGGAAUAUAACGAAUUAUAUCAACAGUACAAUCCGAGCCUAAAAGGAAAUGACAUUGUACAAAUUUUUAAUAAUUUAAAACAGAAAAAUAGUCUUAGAAACUAUUUAAUUGAAUUAAAGGCAGAAUUGACUUAUGAUUUUAAGGAUAUACAUGAAAAAAGAUGUUUAUUGUCCGAUAUUAAGAAGCAAAUCGAUUCAGAACCUUCCAGAUGUUACACGAGAUUUGAGGUACAGUUAUUACCUAUGUUGGACAUUCUGGCACAUUUAGAAGUACGAAAAUCAUUCCAAUUGAAUGAUUGUACCACGUUGAUCAACAAUAUAGUAGUACCCACUGACUUGAGUGCAACUAUGGUGUUAUAUCAUAAAUCCAAAGAUGAGAGGUUUCUCCAUCAAAUACACAAAUCAUAUUAUCUAUAUUUGAUGCACUCUCCCUCCGUUGCGAUGGGUAAAUUUUUAGGUACAGCAGAUACGGAAUUAAACGAGUUUAGUGCUAAAUUGACGUACUAUUUAACAAAUUUAUUAAUUGGUGAUAAAGAUGAGGAAAAUAUGGGAAAAGUCACGUUAGGAAAUUUUAGAGAUUCGAUGAAACAACUUGAUACUCUCACUAGGAUUUUAUGGGCAAAUUUAUAUCAAUUGUCGGAGGAAUAUGAUUUUAUAUUACUCGAAAAACAAAAUAUAACUGCUAUUUACAAGAAGUUUUUAUUGGAAUUUACACAUUCUCUUAAGCUAGAGAUGGAGAUUGAAGAUAACGAAUCACCUCAAUAUUUAACCGAAUUAAUUAUCACUCACAUUAAGAAAUUACAACAUGAAAUAAAUAACAUCGAGUUAUUAACACUCUCAAAAAAACUGAAAGAUUGUCUGAAUCACUUUGAAAAGAUAAAUGAAGCCUCGGCGUUUGAAGAUAUUGUAAUAAACAUUUCUAGCUGUUACCAAAUUAUAAGCUUCUUGAAAGCCCUCUUCAACUCCAAAUUAUCAACUAUUGAUCCACUAACGAAAAAAACUUUGAAAUGUAAUUAUUACUCGGAAGCUUUAGAGAUGUUGAAAAUUUUAAAAGCUUGUUACGACAAUUUAAAUAGCAUUUAUAGUAAUAGAAAAGAAACAAGACAUGCUAAUUGUGAAUAUAUCGAGGAAGAACUGAUAAUACUGAAAGAAAAGUUUGAUGAGCUCAGCAAAUACGUGGCUUAUAGACCUGACAAUAUAUUUUAUGACCAAGUUAGUGAGACGAUAAACCAUGCAUUCUCCACCAUCUUUUCUGAAGACUUUGUUAUCGAAGUAAACGAUACCAACAGAGAAGUACUAAUCAAAGAAAGAUCAAAUAAAGUGGCCAGCUAUGAAAAUCUGAUCCAUGGAUUGAGUGAAUUCAGAAAUAGUUUUCCGGACAUUGUAGAACCUCUUCUAUGUAACAUAAGUGAAUAUUUAUAUGGAUACAAACUCUACUUAAGCGCAAUAAAAAUGCAAGAAGCAAAAGCCAAACAGUUGUAUGCUUUGAUGCAAUAUGAUAUAGCUUCUUUGGUAAAGUUCCCAUGUGAUAAUCAGAAAUGUAACUUAUCAUUUAUGAAUAAAGUUGUUAAAUAUUUCUUGAACGAGGAUGGACAACAGUAUAUUCAAGAACAAGAGAAUUUUAGAUUAUUAAAGUGCAACAUCAUCGAUAGCAUCAAUUCGGCAAUCAUACAUUCCCAACCUUUGAAUAUUCUGAGUAAAAGUUACUUUUCAGAAUUUAACGACCUACUUAAGUUGUUUGUCGACGCAUACAAUAAACAGCAAGUCGAAAAUGAAAUAAAGAAGAAGGAAGAGGAAAGUUUGUACAAAAUAAAAAUUAAGUGUGAUGAGCAAUCUGAAGAGCAACAAAUCAGAGAAGAGUUGGAUAUUUUAUUUCCAAACUAUUAUAAGAAAGACUUUGCCGAUUUUCAAGGAACCUCUGACCUCGAAAAUACUUACGAUAUACAAACCGAGGCAAACUACGACGAAGUGAUUUCAUAUAAAGACUUGAAAGAUAUAACUGAAUUCCAUGUCAAAUUAUUAAGCAGUUAUACGAAAAGUGAAUGGUUGAACCCAACUGAAAAUAAACUCCCAUCUCCAGAUUUCAUUUUUCCUUUAUUGGAACGGUUUAAGACGUUUUCAAAAAUUUUGGAAAAAUCUAUGGAUAGUCUGAAUUACAAAAUGGAUGAAAAUCUUAUAGGUAGUCUAAGUGUUUUACUGGCUAUCAAAAAGAGAUAUGGUGAUAUCGAAGAUUUGACCAAUGAGAAAAAUUUUAAAAAGAAAAUCGAUUUCUAUAAAGAUUCGAAUGUAGAGGAAGUAAAAUCCUGUUACCAUAUACUGGAAGAUUUGAAAGUUAAAAUAAACCAAUUGUUAGAAGAAUGGCCUGACCAACCUACCCUGAACAUGAUUAUUGUAGUAAUCGACAGAAUUUAUAAUUUUGAAAUUACGAGUCCAAUUUCCAGAUUCUUAACAGGUUUCGAAAUCCUACUUAGUAAAUGUCACGAAUGGGAAGAAGUUGCACAUUCUGGUGUAAGUCUUAGUGGAUUUACUCAAAAUGUGACCAAUCAAAUUAUUGUCUGGAGAAAAAUGGAGCUGUCAUUGUGGAAAAACGUCCUCGAUCGAGUAUAUGAAAAUUCGAAUGAGUCUAUGCCAAAAUGGUGGCUACAUUUAUACAAUGUGAUGUACCAAUUUAUUAAAGAGAAAAAAUUUGGAGCUAAAGAAUUAAUAGAAACAUUACAAGCAUUUAUAAUGAAGUCAAACUUAGGCGAAUUCAGAGGAAGACUCGAUCUGUUGUAUACUUUCCAUUGUCAUGCUCUUCAUUUAGAACGAACUGAAGAAACAAAAACAUUUAGUAGUAUAUUGUGGAAUAUUUUCAUUUAUUUUCAACAGUUUUCUGAAGUUGUGGCUAAAAAAAUAAAAGAUUUAAGGUCGCCGAUAGAAAAGAGAGUAAAGGAGUACGUUAAAAUAAUAAGAUGGAAAGAUGUUAACUAUUGGGCUAUAAAAGACGCAGCUGAAAAGUCUCAUAAAAAUUUACAUAAAUUUAUGAGGGAAUUUCAAGCAGUUCUGGAACAACCAGCUUCUUCUUGUCUUCAAAAUAUAAGUACCGAAAGUAGCUCUCAAAUGGCUGGUAUUUGGGAUAAACCACAGACAGUAUACUACACAACACUGGAUUCGGAACUCAAUGAGUAUCUAAUUGCUUCUUCACAAUUCAAGGAAACGAAAUCGCCAAAAACAGUUGCAAAUAAAUCAAUAAGCAACUUACAUAAACAGACUGUCAAAAUUCAGAAGUAUUCCAAAGAAAUUAUUGAAGCAACUCCAUAUCCAGAAUUGGUACGGAUAUUAGAUAACUUUGUUAGAGAAAUAAUUGAUUCAAGUUAUCGUCUACAAAAUUUGGAGAUUGACACAACUCUACCAAAAGAAAAACAAAAAUCUCAAGCGAAGAAUAUUCUUCAACAAAAACACAGAGCUCUGGCUACGUUAUUUAAAAAUCUCUCUAAGAUCGGUUUAUCUUUUAAGACUGGAAUAGUAGAUGGAAAAGUUAAGGAUCCUACUUAUGAUUUUGUUAUAAAACCUAUAGACUUGCGAAGUCAAUUCAGUCAUAAAAGCUAUGGUUUUAAAGAAGAGAAGAUGUUGUCAUUUUGGGAAUCCAGUGAAAAAUAUUAUGUGAAAUCAUUAAUGAGAUUAGAUGUUCUGGUAACAGCACUGAAUAACUCAGCGAAGGAACUUGGUAUACAGAAUAUAGAAAGAGUGAGAGGAUUUGGCCAAGAGGCACUGACUACUGUUCAGAAACAAAAACAGAUGCUUAUCGAGAGUAGCCGAACAUAUUAUUAUUUGAGAAGUUAUUUCAAACAAAUUGAAGAAUUUUGUUCUGGUCAAGAAUAUUUGCCAUCCGUUAUAGUUGAUAAGAUUAUAGAUGUGUUAAAGUACAUCACUAAAAUAAUAAAUCAAUAUCAAAUAAUAUUGAACACAUGUCCAGAAGAAACAAGUUUUAAUUUAGAAAAAUUGGAAAUUUACGUACUUAAGCCUAAUUUGGAGAAACGAAUAAUCCACAAGAAAGAUGAAAUGUGGUCGAUGGCUGAAACUCGAAUUAUACUCAUUAAAAAAACUUGCGACGAACUCAUUCUGCAAUUUUUGAAUCUAAACUCUAUAUUACCUAGUACAGAAUAUGAUAUAUGUAGAACUAAGUACGUACCAGUGCCAAAGAUAAACCAGGUUAAUAAAGCUUUAAGGGAUUUAAAAGAAUGUGUAAACGAUUUAAAACAAAUAUUUGGUCAUAUUGAAAUUACUAAAACAUUAAAUGUGAUACAAAAAGAGGUUGAUGCAAUAAUAAAAAUCAUCCAUGAAUCGAAAAGUUUCGAAAAUUUCUUUGAUAUUUCUGUCAAUCAUAAUUUUGAUAAAGAAAUCGAAAUUUUUAGUAAUAAAAUAAUAGAUAUUCUAAAAAAAUUACGAAAAAAGUACAAAACUGACAUGGAUAAAUCACGAUCAGAUGAAACAAAUGAAGAUGAAUUAAAAGAGGAACAUCUUAACAAGCUUUUGAUAGAUAAUCUGUUUAGUGAUGUUAUGGAUUUAGAUAUGAAAACAGUACUUGAACACACAGACAGAGUUGUAAGUUGUCUGAUGACUUCUCCUUUAGAAACGUUAGAAAGUAGAAAAUCACUGACAAUUGAAUUUUUACCAAUAAUGGAGCAGACGGUUCUCUUAUACCAAUAUUUCGUCACUCAACAAGUGUCAUGUUAUAGGAUGAGUUGCAAAAUGGCUUCCAUCAUAUUGAACAUCUUCAUAGAAUUGGCUUCAAAAGGUUUUUGUAUACCUCCCGAAUUUUCCGAUGAACUGGACAAAGAAGGUAUUACUAAACCAUCAGAUGGCCUUGGUUUAGGAGAAGGUCAAGGGGAACGAGAUGUUUCAGAUAAAAUAGAAUCUGAAGAUCAGUUAGACGAUGCUCAACCUGCAGGAAAAGAAAAGGAUGCCGAAGAGGACAAGGACUGUAAAGAAGAAGAGAAAGGGAUAGAAAUGAGCGAAGAUUUUGAUAGCAAACUUCAAGAUCGAGAAAAGAAAGAAGAUGAUAGCGAAAGUGAUUCUGGAGAUUCAGAUGCCGAAGAGCAAAUGGGCGAAACUGAUAAAGGAGCAGAUCAACAAAAUACAGAGACGUUUGGAGAUGAGCAAGAACAAGAACUUGGAGAAGAAGAAGGUGAAGGUGGUGACGAAAAAGAAGAGAAAGGUGAUAAAGGUGAGAAAGAGGGAGAAGAACAAUUAAGAGCAAAUGAAGGAAAAACUUCGAAAGAUGAGGAAGAUAAGUCACAAGGGAAAGAUGAGAAGGAAAAUAGUAAAAAAGAAAUAAAUGAAAUGGAGGAGCCCGAAUACGAUGAUGAACAGGUUGAUCCGCAUCAUGGUCAACAACAAGAGUUACCAGAGCCAGAACCUAUGGAUUUGCCUGAGGAUAUGCAGUUAGAUGAUGGAGAUGCAAAUAACGAAGAUGAUCAAAAUCAAGAUGAUAAUCCUUUUGACAUUGAUACCAUGAAAACCGAAGACGACAAACCUGAAGAAAAACCGAAUGAAAAUGCAGAAGAACUAAAAGAUGAUGAUUCAAAGAGAGAUGCGGAAGAAGAAUUUAGCAGCGAUGAUGAAGACGUUGAGAGAACUGAUAAUAAAGACGCCGAAGAUAAAGAAGAUGAGAAGAACGACAACUCUGAAAAUUUCGAGGAAUCAGAGAAACCUUCUCAGGAAGAUGGUGAAACUAAUGAGGCCAAUGGUGACGAAUCCGUUUUGGAUCAAACUCAGAGUAACCAGGAAAAUAUUGAGGCGAUGGAGGUUGACGAUGCUCAAGCAGUUGAUAAGGCGCAAGCAAACAAAUCGGAAAACCAACAAUCAAAUCAACCAAUCGAGGAACUUCAACAGGAUAACCGUCCAGACCAAGAAGGUACUGGCCAAUCUCAAAAGGAAGAAAAUAGCUCUGGGCACACAGCACAAACUACGGCUCCACUAGAAAUGAACAUUUCCAAAGACAAUAGAGAUAAAGUAGAACAAAAGAGGAAGCAAAAACCCGGAGAAACUGACUCUCGUAGAAGUUUAGGUGACGUAGAUGAACCAGUCAAAAAGAAGUUGAAGACUGUUGAUACUCAAAAUGAGGGUCACCGUAAUGAUACAGAGGAAAAUCCGGAAGAAAAUGCUGAAAUGUAUCAGCAUAUCAACGACGCAGAGAAAACAAAAAUACAAGUAUUGGACGUUGCAACUAAAGAACAAGCAGAAAAUCAGAAAAAAGAAACAACACACGAAGAUAAUAAAGAUGACGAACCAACAGAGUCAUCAGCACAUCUUCCAGAGGAAGAAUUAGACUCUGAAAUAAUAGACGUGGAUGACACGAUUACAGAAAAGCCAGAAACGGUUGGUGAAACAAAAGAUAAGAAAAAUAAGAAAGAACAACAUCCACAAGGCGAAGUUUUAGAAGAGUUACAAGACAUAGAAAUAGAAGGAGAACUAGUCAAAACAUCAACCGUACCAAGAAGUUCUGAAUCUUCUCACCAUACACAACAUUUAACAUUAAGGGAUACAACAGCAUUACGACUUUCGGCGGAUGAAGUCAAUAGUUUUCGAAUAGAUGUGGAAAAGCAACUGUCUGGAUGGAAUGAACCUCCUUCUACCUUAGAAGCUGAUCAAGCAUGGCAAAAAAUAUCUUCGGUAACAUCUUCAUUGGCUCAAGAUUUGUCUGAACAGCUUAGACUUGUUUUAGAACCCACUCAAGCCAGUAGACUGAAGGGAGAUUUUAGAACUGGCAAAAGAAUUAAUAUGAGAAAAGUUAUACCGUACAUAGCAUCCCAAUUCAGAAAAGACAAAAUUUGGCUUAGAAGAACAAAACCUUCCAAACGAGAAUAUCAAAUAGUACUUGCUAUUGAUGAUUCCUCUAGUAUGGCAGAUAACCAUUCCAAAGAAUUAGCAUUCGAAAGUGUCGCACUCAUUUCUAAAGCAUUAACUCUAUUAGAAAGUGGACAACUCUCAGUUUUAGGCUUUGGAGAAAAUGUCGAAGUUAUACAUAAAUUAACAGAUCCUUUUACUAAUAAUAGUGGAAUAAAAUUAUUACAAAAGUUCAAGUUUGAUCAAAAUAAGACAUGUGUGGCUAAAUUAGUGGAUUUUGCCACUGAAAUGUUCAAUCAAUCCCAGUUACAGUCUAACGCACUUAAUGCUAAAUUAUUAAUUAUCGUUAGUGAUGGAAGGGGUGUUUUUUCUGAAGGUGAAAGAUUCGUACAACAAGCUGUGCGUAGAGCGAAAUUGUCCAACAUAUUUAUGGUAUUCGUUAUUAUAGAUAAUCCUGAAAAUAAAAACUCUGUACUGGACAUUAGAAUGCCUAUUUUCAAAGAUGGUAAACUACAAGAAAUUCAAAGUUACAUGGACGCCUUUCCUUUUUCUUUUUACAUCAUUUUGAGAGAUAUAAAUUCAUUACCUAGCGUUUUAUCUGAUGCUUUAAGACAAUGGUUUGAGAUCGUUUCGAAUUUAGAUAAACUUUAAAAAGUACUACAAGUCUGUAGAAUGACAUAAUUUUCUUAUCUAAUAAAAUUUUAAUCUUAUAAAAGUGUUGAUUGUGGAUGAUCUUUUUGGGGGCUGUAACCCUUGUUUCCCUUCCCUAAAUCAAGUCCUGUUUUUCUGAGCUUAAGAUUGAUUUCUCAGUAAUUCGGAAAUAUUUAGAUUUGAAUUCAAGCAACUAUGAGGAGCUUAUUUCCCGAAAUUAGUCACACCCUGUGGAGUGCAGCAACUAAAACAGCUAAUGUCAACUGAAAAUACAUUGAAUCGAUUAAGUAAAAAGCUAAUGUCUUCUUUGAAGUUGAUCACAGAGAUGCUCCACAAGAUUGAUAUAUGGAUCGCAAGCGGGCUAAACCAAUCAAUCAAUACCAACUUCAUUCAAACAUUCGUUGAUUACUUUUGUCGUGAUUAUCACGUAUUAGUACGGAGCCGUCUCCGAUAAAAUGAGUGUAGGGAAUAACUAGACUGUGGUAAAUAUCCUCGAUAUAUAGAUGUCCCUUUAAGGCCCCUUUUUCAAUAACUAUAUUCCUGUCUAUACCGUUUCGACCAUCAGGCCAUCUGUGAGAAGGACUUUAUUACCAUAUGUCACCUUGAAAACAAGACAGAAUAAGAUAACAUGUAUUAUUCUAAAAACUUUUGCUAUCUUUGGAAUAUAUUGUAUCAUAAUAAAACAAAAUAUGAUUCUCUAUAGGUAUAUAAUCGGACAUGUACUGAAGCAGAACUGGUCAUACUGAAUAUGUAUUAAAGUUCUUAGUUGCGAAUAGUUUUUUUGAAGAAUUUGCUUUAAAAAAGUGAAAAAUAAUGUGAUAAAAUACAGAAAAGAUUAAAGUUCAAUGUGAUUCUAGUUGACAUUAAUUGCUCUAACUAUUGCACUCCAUAUGGAGUUACAAUUUUAGGUAUAUCAUUGUUGCUCGAAUUCCAAUGUAAAUAGAAUUACUGGAAAAUUUUUAUCUACAGUUUUAAAAUAAAGCAGUAAAAUUAAAUUUGUAGUUGGCAAGUAAACUUUGAAUCUAACGUCGGUUAUUAGAGGCUGAUUUUUUCCUUUUAGGUGAUAUUGUUUUCUAAAUUUUUAUUUAAGGUAGUCUUGAGGUCUCUUUAGACUGUGUUAUGAAGUUAAAAAAAUUAAUUGUAAUUAUUGUUACGAUGUAGGAAUAAAGGUAUUUCUUUUA